GUUUUUCAUGACAAUUGCCGAGUAUUACAAUAUAACAUACGAUGUCAUCAAUAAUAACGGUGUUUGGGGCGUAAGUUCUAUCAAUAAUACGUGGAAUGGGAUGAUCGGUAUGCUUCAGUCAAAGAGUGCUGAUAUCGCAUCUUGUUUAUUUAUGACAAAUGACAGGCAAAAUGUCAUUGAUUACACCUAUCCAUGUUAUAGUGAAUAUAUUACAUUCACUUCUCCUAUGCCUACGAUAACACAUUUCGAUAAUUUAUUA